AUGCACUUGCGUAACACCGGCUACUACCGUAGAUGUAUUACUACUAGCCACAACUGCUACCUUACUCCUGCCUUCUUUCCACAUAAACAACGUAUUCUGACCAAUUCCACACAAGAAAUCUGUAUCACCUUCACGAUGACACAAUCAUCUGGAUUGGUCACAUUUAUCAAUAUCAUGCUAACACUAGUUGGUAGUGCAGUAAUUUGGGCGAUGGAAACACGAUUAAAGUUCACUGAUGGCGUUGGAGCAGUCGGUGGCCGUUAUGAAGAUGGCUGUUUAGGGGGCUUGGAAGGCGACAUAGAAGAUCUCGAAGAAGCGGAUAAUUUCAGUUGUUGA